AAUUGCAGUUACGCCAAAAGAGGAGAAAGUCCUUUUUGCAAGAAGUUUUGCGUUUCAUUCUUUCAUCUGCACUUCGAGCGAUCUGAAAUAUUAGGCUUUUGUUUCACAUCGGUGUUCCGAUCUAUUUCGUUUGUUCCGAUUCUUCAUCAUUACUCUUGUGUCAGACACUAAGGAUUUCUCUCUCUCUCUCUCUCUCUCUCUCUCUCUCUCUCUGUUUUUUUUUUUUUUUCAUGGCAUGUUGUCUAGUUCGUUCUUUGAAUUUUGGGGGCUCCGCAAUCAAAAAGAAGGAAGCAAUUGCAUUGUCUAUCUGAACAGAGUCCAUGAAGCCAGGAGUAUCUUCUUUGAAUCCAUACGCGGCCGCCUAUAUUCCACUCUCUAAAAGGCAGGCAGAUGGUGGAACUUGCGUAGCAGACAAUGAUUACAUGAGUUAUGAUGGAGCUGUCGGGUUUCAGACUCCUCAGCACACGACACAAGAUCAGCACCAUGUUCACCAUAACACUCGUGCUCCUCAAAAGCUCUCUACUUCUCAGGCGUUUCAUGUGAAGAGCCAACCUGAAUCUAGUUCUUGCAGUUCAGCAGCGCAGGGUGCAGUUCAGGUGGCAGAUAAACAGAUGCUGGAUGAAGAAUCUGAUAUGGAUCUGGAAUAUCUCAGGAUGACGUUUCCUGGAAUAUCUGAUCAAUCCCUUGCUGAUGUCUACAUGGUCAACGGGGGUGAUCUGGAAGCCGCUAUUGACAUGCUGAGCCAGCUUGAGUUUGACGGUGUCCAGUCUUCUGAAACUCUUCCAGAGACACUGGAUAUUGGGGAUAUUUCAGAAUCUGGAAAUUUUGCUGAUUCUGCUUCAUUAAAGCUGAAGAAUGUGGCAGCCGACGCCAGUACUUCCCCUAGUCCCUCAGCAUCGGCCACUGUCUCGUAAAUUGUCCAGAAAGUCAUACUCCUAUGGUGUUUUAAGAAGUGUAAAAUUAGGAAAGGACUACUGAGGUGGGAGGCAUCUCUCAUACAUGGUUCUGUUUCAUGGUUUUGUAUAGCUCUCAGCUUCCUAUUUUGUUGUGGCGAUAAGAUCUAAAUUGUCUCUAUUUUGCUGGGUUUGCUUGUGCCAUGCCCCAUGUGGAAUUGUGCAGUUUUCCAUUUUGAAAUGGACGGUCAAAAAGGUUAUUCAAAUUCAUCUGAGAUGAUCUAUGGAGGGGAAGGAUUUGACUGCCUGUGCAUUGUACCGUGGUCCGUAAAUUUGGAUCUUUAUGCAAUAGAUUUCAUACAACAUUCUUAAUU